UAGGGGGCAGUAAUGCUUCUUAUGCGUUGAUAAGUCCACCGCCAAAAUGCUGGUUUCAAAGAAGAAAUAUUUUCCUUUUCGGAAGAAGAUCCCGACAAAGCGGCCCUGUUUCUUUUCAGCCAGAAAAAGUCGAAGAAUCCGAAAACCGACAAUGUAUGCCAGGACAAACACCGGCAACACACAUGGGGAGUUUCAAGACAGAAACGGAGUAAAUUAUGUAACAUCCACAGAGUCCUUCGGCCAUUGCUCUCAAUUGUUCUGGAAAAAGGAUCCUACCGAGUCCGGGCCGAGUUCAACCAUCAGCUGGUGCGAUCAGCUGCCGUCGUCCUCAGCAGCCCUCUCCACUUCCAGUCUCUCCUCAGCGUCGCUCUCCAGCUCCAGUCUCUCAAUGGAGUCCCGAGCACCAAUGCCCACGACAACAGUGUCAGAUGAUGUGGAGUCAGACGAGAGGCCGUACGUCUGUGACCUGUGCAACUGUGCCUACAAGCAUGCUAGUUCCCUGCUAAACCACAAGCUCACUCACAAGACUGGAGACUUCAGGUGUGAUUUCUGCAGCAAGCCCUACACCAACUACAUGUCUUUGCGAAACCAUAUGCGAAUCCAUGGUCAGAAGCGCUACAUGUGUGACCUGUGUGGGAAAGCCUUCCGCUUAGCCCGGUACCUGCGGAACCACCAGAGGAUCCACGAUGAUGGGCCCAACCGCUUUGACUGUCCCUCCUGCUGCAAGAGCUACAGGACCAUGCUGGAACUGGCCCAGCACCGGUGCAGUGCUGCUGCAUCCAACCAGAACCGGUUCAACUGCCCGUCCUGCUUUAAGAGCUACCGAACCAUGCUGGACCUGGCCCAGCACCGCUGCAGCGCCGCGGCCAAAAACCAGUCUGGCGGUCGUCGUUCCAAUUUCAAGUCCAGCAACAGCAGCAGCAGCAGCAGAACAGGAGGGCAGGGCGGCAGCGUGGCCAGCCAGUCUGUGCCUGACCCCCACCAGGUCCGUCCAAGCUCUGUGUCUUCCCAGAGCAGCCAGCAGAGCAUGAGGAGCUCAUCCUCCAACAAACACGUCUCUUCCUCCAGCGCCACCCCAUCCUCCUCGUACUCUCUGCUCCAGCCCCUGGUGCCUGAGGUAAAGGAGAUGAGCUCGGGAUACACUAGGCUGAGCGCCAACCCCAUGCCAAAGCACCAGGACACUUUCUCUCUGGCCCCCCAGCAGCCCCUCACCACCAUCAACCCUAUUGGCCACCCCCUUCAUCCGAACGGCGCACCCACACUCAAGCCUUCCCCUGUGCCACGCACCAUCCAUGCCAUGCCCUGGGAGCAGCGCUCCCUCUACAAUCAAUGA